AUGGCCUGGAUGAGAUUAAAAGAAUCUUACAGUAAAUUUGAAGUUAUUAUUAAUGAUGAUAAUACAGUGCCCAAAUUUAAUGAUUCAAAAAUCAAAGAAGUUUAUGAAAAAUACCCAGCUAUAAAUCAAAAAAUAGAAAAGGCUGUUGUAAUAAACUCAAAAUUGUGGAAAACUUGGAAAAAGAGAUUCCUAUUCUGUUCAUUUAUAACUAUGGAGAUAUUUAAUAUGCCAAAAAAUGAUAAUUUAGAGUUGGGCAGCAAUUCAAAUUUCAAUAAUGAUCAAGAUUCGAAUGAUAUUCCCGAUUCAAAUGAAAAGUUGGAAACAAAUGACAACUCUAACAAAAAAGAUAAUUCUGAUUCAAAUGAAUGUAAAAAAAUAAUUUCAGAAUUUUUUUUAAAAAUGUUACUUGAUGAAGAAAAAGAUUAUAGUAAAUUAACAAAAAAAUACACAGACAUUUCACAGGAGAAAAAUUUUCUUUCAACUGUUCAAUCAUUUAUUAGUAAUAUUGGUAGUAUGUUUAAGAGAUCUAGUUCUAAUGAAGAUGAUUCUCACACUAUUCAACCCGUUGUCAUUGAAUCUCAUGUUAUUGAAAGGAAUAUUCAAAAAGCAACCCAAAUGGCAAAUGAAAUUUCUGACUCUAAAUUUGUUAAACAACUUAAUAAUUCUGAGUUAUUUAACAUGACCCAAGAAACAGGGGAUAGAGUUAUUAGCAUAUUUUUUGGAGAAUACCAAAAUUGGAGGAAUGUACAAUGUUCUAGUAAUAUUAAAGAUAUUAUACCAAAAUAUGCAGAUAUUAAGGAUCAAUAUGAAGAAAAUCUAAUGAAAGAAAGUUUACAGGACACUAAAAAAAUCGAAGAGCAUGAAUUUAAAAGAAUUUGUUCAAUACUUGAAGAAAAAUUUUCAAAAGGCACAACUUUUAAAUUAUUAAAAAUAGAAGCACGAUACACUCAUAGCUUAACAUUUACUUAUGAAAUUGAGUCAAUACAACCUGAUCAACUAAAUAUCACAUUAUAUGAAACACGUUUAGAAGAGUCUGAAAACUCAAAUAUUCAAAAAUAUGAGCUACAUGUUCCAAAACUUCAUCUUGACAAUGAUAAAAAUUCACAUGCAUCCUUCAAAAUAGAUCCAGAAAGAUAUGAACUCAGAAAAAUAUCUCAAUUUGAAAAUGGAAAGUUCCUAAUAAUACUUCGGAAUAAAAAAUCAAAUCAAAUAGAAAUUUUUUUUGAAAAUUCUAAUCGCUUAAAAUCAGCUUUUCAAUUAUCAAAUUUAAAACCACUAAAAACAUUAAAUCCUGAUGGUGAUUGUCUUUUUGCUAUAAAUGAACCCAAAGGUUUAAUUGGAAUUUAUGUUGCUGAAAAAGGACUAAAUGUUUAUGCAUUUGAUGAAAAUCAAGCCAGUCUUUAUAGUCGCAACCCCAAUAUUCAAAUUCUACAAUAUUAUAAUAAUUCAGCACCAGAUAUUAAAUAUUUUUUCUUCAUAAAAAACACUGAAGAAUUAUGUUUUGUGGAAACAAAUGGUAGAGCAAAAAUUUAUAAUCUUAUAACUGGUCAAUUUCGUCCUGCAACAUUACCAGAUUCUACAAAUAUUUCAAGCACACCUGAUGGUUCUUGUAUUGUAGUAUUUGUGAAAGAAAAAUCAACAACAUCAUCUAGUAAUGACGAAAAUGGCACAGAUGUUGACAGUGAUAAUGAAUGCCCAGAAGAGCAAAAACAUUCAAAGAAUAAAGAUUUAACUCCAAAUGAUGUAUUUAAAGCCUAUGUUUAUUUUUGUUCAAAUAUGGGAAACACUGCUAAUAAGGUUGUUGAACUACCUUCAAAUAUGGAUUCAUUAGAAUUCUUUCAAUUUUCAACUAUAAAUGAUCGUCAAAUGCACCUUACAACAAUUGAUGUAGAAAAUAAUUUAUUUCAUUCAUUAAUUACAAAAAUUACCCUUCAAAAAACCCAGUACCAAUUUCAACAACGUAAUCAAAAAAAACCAAUUGGUCAAAUUAGAUUGCUAAAAAUUACCUCUGAUAAUGAUAAAAAUAAAUUUUCAAUCUUAAAAACCAAUUUUAAUCAUAACAUAAAGGAGGGAGAGUACAUUGUCAUUAAAGGACAAAAAUUAAGUGUUGUUGAUGUAAUUUCAGAUACCAAAUUGAAAGUUGCAGGUGUAUAUCAUACCUUAUCACUUGACAAUGAUGAUGCAUGGGUGGACUUUCAAACUGUGCCAAAGACAAAACUUAAUGGUUUUAUUGAUGCAUAUAAAUUAAUGUUUGAAAAGUAUCCAAUUGAAAGUUGCAUAGAUUCUGAGCAAAACAGGCCACUUAAUUUGAAAAUAUUUGAAAAAUAUGUUAUUAGUAUGUUCAAUGAGUUAAAGAAGAAAACAAAAAAACCUGCAUCUAUUUUAAAGCAUUUUAAAACCACCAUUACAACAUUUUCAGAUCUAGACAUUGAAGAAAAUAAUUUUAUAUCAAAACAUUCAAUUAAAUAUCAACUAGGAGAAUGGAUAAUUCAACUUUCAUCAUCAAAUGAUUAUGAGGUAGAUUUUGAUGUUGAACAUGGGCAUCGUUUUGGUGGCAUUGCAGAAAAUAUUUCACUUGGAUGGUAUGAAGGUAUAUUUAAACAUUUUGGUGAUCGUCAAGUCAAAGUUGUUUCAAGUAUGGGUGAACAAUCAUGUGGGAAAUCAUAUAUGUUGAACCACCUUGUUGGAACAACAUUUGAUGGUUCUGCAAUGAGAUGCACUGAAGGAGUGUGGAUGUCAUUAUUUAUAACAAAAAAAUAUAUUUAUGUUGCACUUGAUUUUGAAGGAUUAAAGUCUUUGGAAAGAACACCACAAGAAGAUUUAUUUUUAACUUUGUUUAACACUAUGGUUUCUAACAUGAUACUUUUUAAAAAUCAAUUUGCUGUUAGUAGAGACAUGUCAGGAAUGUUUCAAAGAUUUCAAGAUGAUGUUCAUGAAAAUGAUCGAAAAGGAAUUGUUGAUGAGUUUCGUUUCAAAUUUGAUGACUUAGUUAGAGAUCAAGGAGAAGAUAAUUUUAUUACCAGAAUGUAUAAAAGUGGAUUAACUAUUUUACCAUGGCCAUUAUUUAAUGAUCCUGCUUGGUUCAAAAACUUUGAAAACUGUCAAAAAAACAUUGGAUAUUCAAAAAGCAAAAUAUGA